CUGUUGCGCCAGCAGCGCAGAGAACAAGGAAGCAACAUGUGCGGACGAUAGUAACUCCAUCAACACACCAGCGCAGACCGACUGGCAAGCACGACGAGAGGAGGACAGCGCAGCAGAUCGAUACCCGGGGUUCCCCACUAAUAGGAGACUUUCUUAUUAAAUAACAAGAAUGAAGAGAGAGGUAAAAGCCGGAGUCGACUUCCUUAAACGUCUGGUGGUGGCCCGAGGCAAGCUGGAUGAAGCCGAAGUAGAGCUGUUCGCCGAGAAGCUGCAGAAACAUUUGUUUGACAGAUACUGCGACCACUGGUACCCUGACAGCCCCAGCAAAGGCCAGGCAUACAGAUGCAUCCGGAUAAAUAGCGGCGGACCUUGCGACGAGGUGGUGUUCAGGGCCUGUGAGGAGAGCGAGCUGGCGUCCAGCAGGCUGCGGCUCUCACCUGAGAUCACGCUGUGGAUCGACCCACUGGAGGUGUCUGUAAGGUCCGGGGAAAACGGCCGACCUUUCGUAGUUGCUCAGUUUAGCGAAGAACGGGAGGACAGCGGAAGCGCAAAGGGAGACCAGGACCUGGACACGUCAGAUUACCACUCUGCCACCUCCUCCGACUGCGGCUCUGCCUCUUCCAGCGACACGGAGGAGGAGGCGAAGGACGGCGAGCCGGAGGAGCACAAGAAGGCGGAGGAGCGCGAGAAAAAGGAGGCAGCAGAAGGCAACGCCUGCACGGUGACGAUGGUGCCCAGGAUCCGGAAGGGGAACGCAGAAGCGCUAAAUAAAGUCAGAUACGCGAGGAAGAAGAUUCCCGCCAGCCUGCAGUACUUCUACCAUCCGACACCAAUGUGGUCACAGUACAAAAAGGGGGCUCCGGUGUUCCUGACCACAGUGUGCGCAUCCCCCGCACCGCCUCCUCCACCCCAGCAGGUGUUUGGUUACUACCUCGUGCCGCAGCCGUCUCCACAGUUCAUCCUGCCUCAGGCCGCCCUGCAGCCAUGGGGGGCGGUGAAGGGUUAGAGCAUCCGUGGACCCGGGGCGGGGGGCAAAGCCAAACGGAGCAUUAUGCUUCUCCUUUAACUGAGCCAUGUAGUGAAGAGUCUUUGGGUUUAGCUACAUUUGGGCUAAAAGUAACUUCUUUUAAUUAUUUGUCAUAUUUUAAAGCUAUUUCUUGCACAAUCCUUAACUCCUCCGCUGACUUGUAGUUGUUUUAAUACACAGCACAGCAAUACCACUGAACUUGAGCCGAAACCUUUUUAAUCUGCUAGUGUCUUCGCACUGCAAUUUUUUUUUAAUGUACUUUAUUUAUUAAGAAUGACUUUAAUCACUGGGUGCAUGGACCAACUCAGGAACUCUCAGCAAUAUGCCAAAAAAAAAAAAAUUUGUAAUGGUGAUCUCAUUGCAAAAUACUGUUCUCUGUGCACAAGUUACUGCUCAUCUUUGUAAAAUACAAUUCAGGGUCUCAAAGUAUUUUAACUACAGCAAGAAUAUCUGUAUAUAAAGACAAUUAUUUCUACUAAACAGCUUGUAUAUACUCACGUAUGCAUACUUUGUGAACUUUGUAUUUUGUUGUAAUUUAUUUGACCACCAGUAGGUGGUGCACAAGUUGCACCUAAUACAUGGAGUUGUAUAUAUUUUUUUUAUGGGGUGUAGCUUCUGUAUAUUGCAGAUCUUAAUUCACAAACAAAGCCUCUCGCUGACUUUUUUUUUGCCUUUUUAAACUAUUGUAAAUAAUCCUUUUUAUGAUCUGCUGCAGCUGUAUAAAAGAUGGAUACAAACGCACGCCUUAAUAUAUUCCUCGAUGAUUUUGAUGAAUAUUUAUUAACUGGUUUGACUGAUUUUUAAGCUUGUGUGUUCUUUGGUUUUAUUUUACAUAUUCACAGUAAACGUUUACCUCUUUUACUGCAGAUUAAACAAACCUUUACUCAAAC